AUGGCCGCCGCUGCAGUUACGUCGCUCUCUCCAGAUGCUCAUGUUGGGGGAUUUCAGGCCCUUCUCUCACCAUCGCAGAUACGGUCCGCUGGUGAAGUAGAUUCCUCACUGUAUCUAGAGGACCGGCUUUGCAGCGCAUUUUUAAGGUGGAGAAUCAGCCGAAGCGUGGUCAGCGCCGAAUUCCAAAGAGCGGCGCUUCACGAAGAACUCAUCAAACCGCUGGAGCUUUUGCGCAGUCUUGCGACUCCAGAUCGGGAUGCCUCUUCAACCUCCGCCGACAACCCUGAUAUCUCGACGCCGGAUUAUACUACCAGCGACGCGCUCGCGACCGCCCACGCCUUGACUACGCAAGAAGCACCUCCAGUAUACUCGCCUCUCAAACCUCCCACAAAGCCCGUAACCCCGUCGCUUAUCUCCGAAGCCGGGUGGAACUCUCCUAGAGUCGACUUCUCCCGCGUCGACAACUUCCGCAGCCAUGCCAAGGGCGGCAAAAAGAAGAAAGCGGCAAAGAAGCCGACGACCACAGCAGCAUGGGCGAUAAGCGACGACGAGAAUGAUAAGAAGAAAGAAGCCAACGAGGAACAAAACGGUGGUGGUGACGGCGGAGGCGGAGGUGCUGGUGAUGGCGACAACGGAGGCAGUGGCGGGGGUGGUGAUGAUAAUGGAGGCGACGAUGACCCAGAUGACUGGAACAACGUUGGCGGGAAGAAGAACAAAAAGAAAAAGAAGAACAAGCAGGCUGCUGACGAAGAAGAGGAAGAGAAGAAAAGGCAAGAAGAGGAAGAAGCCGAGAAGCAGAAGCAGGAGGAAGUGGAUGAAGAAGCGGAAGCGGUAGCUGCUGCCGAGGAGCCGGCACCAAUAAACGAUUCCUGGGACCAGCUUGCAGAAGCCGUUGAUGCCAAUGUCGAGGACGAAUGGGGCGCCUUCUUGCCGGCAACGUCGAAAAAGAAUAAAAAGAAGAAGAAAGGACAGCCAGCGGACCCUGCUCCUCCACCACCUCCGCCUGCACCCCCUGCUCCUGACGACGUGGACGAUCCCAGCAUGAAUUUGGAUAAUGUCGAUCUGGGAGAUGAUAGUGCCAAAGUUGAUGAUGUACCUAAGAUUGAUGUCAAUUUUGGCAACACGGACUCGAACUCGAAGCCAUGGGGUGGUUUCGGCGGCGGCAAUGGGUUCAGCUGGGGACAGACGAAUUGGGACUUUGGUGCUCCUGAUAGCAAGAACGAAGCAAACGGCAAUACUGACAACGCUGCUGCUGCUACCAAUGACAAUCCUUGGGAUACCGCUGGAAAAAACAAGGGCAGGGGAUUUAGCUUCGAAUUCGGCGCAUCUACACCAGCGGAUGAGAAGGCUGACGAUGAUGACUGGGGCCUUGCGACCAGCAAAAAAGACAAAAAGAAGAAGAAAAAGGGGACUCUAGCAGAGGAAGAGAUACCUCCGCCACCGCCACCACCGCCUGAAGCACCAGCUGCCCCUGCGGUGCCUGAAGCUAAAGAAGAUGAUGACUUCUGGGGCGGGUGGAGCACCAAGAAAGACAAGAAGAAGAAAAAGGGUAAAUCCGCAGAGCCCGAGCCUGAACCCGCUGUUGUCGUGGAGCCAGAGCCAGUUCCAGAGCCAGUUCCAGAGCCAGUUCCAGAGCCCGAACCAGUAACCAACGGAGCAUCAGAAGCGAACGUUGAGCAGGACCCUGCCGUAGUUGUAGUGCCCGAACCUGAGACUGCGCAGGUAGCAGCUGAAGAUUCGUGGGCGGACUGGGGCACAGCUUCAAACAAGAAGAAAAAGAAGAAGGGGAAGAAGGCUUCUGAUCCCGAGCCGCUACCAGUUGUGGUCGAAGAUCCUGUCGUUGUAGAUGUGAACACUGCAACAGAAGCUCCGGUAGUUGAUGUUGUGCCCCAAGACGAAUGGGCUGGAUGGGGAACAACUUCUAAGGACAAGAAAAAGAAGAGCGCACCAGCUCCUCCUUUCGGAGAGAUUCUACCUGUGCCACCACUACCGCCAGCCGCUCCGGAACCUGUUGAAGCAGACCCCGACGGCUGGAGCAUCUCUUGGGGCAACACAGCCAAGGACAAGAAGAAGAAAAAGAAAGGCCAGCCCGCAGAGCCAGCGCCUCUUCCGCCACCUCCACCGCCUGAGCCGGAGGUCCCUGCCGACGUAGAAGUCAUGACAGCCGACGCAGUCGAAGAGCCCAAAGCCGACGGCGAAGAGAGCUGGAGCGUCGGCACAAAGGACAAGAAAAACAAGAGCAGCAGCAGCGACCUAGCAAUCGAGGUGACGGACGACCUCGCAGCCGCAGCAACGGUCCAGCAGCCCGACGCCGUGACCGAUGGCGCGGCGGCAGAGGACGAUGCCAGCGGCUGGGACAGCUUCAGCUGGGGCUCUACCCAGAAGGACAAGAAGAAGAAAAAGGCAAACGCGUGGGGCAUGCUGCAUGCGCCUACUCCACCGCCCGAAGAAGCCGCCCCAGUCAUGCUGGCGGAAGCUGUUCCGCCCUCCCCGCCUCCAGCGCCUGCGCCCCUGGCUAUAGAGGCUCCACCGCCUGUUGACGAUGCGUGGGGAAUGGCUUCUUCUUCGAAGAAAAAGAAGAAGAAGGGCGGUGCGUUGGCGAUAGAUGUCCCGGCUGUGCCUCCUCCUCCGGAACCGGUGCAGGUCGGCGAGAACCCUGAUGAGAUUAUACAGGUUGUUGAUGAGGGCAAUCCGGAUGAUAUUGUUCAGAUUGUUGACGAGGCGGCGCCGCCUGCGUCGGAACCUGCUCCUGAGGCUGCGGCUAAGCCUGCAUCGGAGCCUGCACCGGAGCCUGUGCCCGAACCUGUAUUAGAGCCGAAGCCGGCUGCGGUGGUCGUACCAGAAUCAGAGCCUGAACCCGUGCCAGAGCCUAUGCCCGAACCUCCUGUCGCGGCGCCUCCGCCAGAGAUCAAGGAGAAGGAGAAGGAGAAACCAAAAAGCUCCGGAUGGGGCUUCUGGGGUUCCAGCACCUCAACUCCGAAGAAGACCAAGAAGGAACUAGAAAAGGAGAAGAAGGAGAAAGAAAAGCAGGAGAAGAAAGAGGCAAAGGAGCGCGAGGAGAAGGAAGCGAAGGAGCGCGAAGAGAAAGAGAGGCUGGAGUUAGAAGAGGCUGAGCGCGUCCGGAAGGAGGCUGAGGAGGCUGAGGCAGCCGAACAGGCUCGCUUUGCAGCGGAGACUGAAGCGGCCAAAGCCGCUGCUGCGGAGGCAGAAGCAACCGCAGCAGCCGAAGCCGCCGCCGCAGCCGCCGCAGCCCCCGAAGGAAUCAAGGCAGCAGUGCCUGAUCCAAAUGAAAUAGUGGAGAUUGUUGACGAAGCACCGGCAAAAGGUAAGAAGAAAAAGAAGAAAGGCAAGGCUGCAGAAGAGCCGCCUCCCCUACCUUCACCACCACCAGCAGCGUUGGACGAUGCAGUGGUCGCAGAACCGACGCCUGAAUCAGCAGUGGUAGAGCCCCCACCCGCAGUUGAAGUUCCAGCCCCCAAACAGGAAAGUUUGUGGGGCAAGGCAAACUAUUUUGGUGUCUCACUGAGGAGGACCAAGAAGCCUAUCACAAAGGAGCUCAAGGACUACGACGCUAUGCUCUUUUCGGAACCAGCAGCUGACAUCCCCGCGAAAACGCCAGAACCAGAACCUGAAACUCCAGUCCCCCCAGUCCCCGUUGUCACUGACGACGCAACCUUGCCUGCACCGCCCAAGGACAAGAAGGCCAAAAGAGCUUCCAAGGGCGCAGUUGCCGAAAAGCUUCGAGCAUUCGAAGCUUUCAACAAAGCGCCCACGUCGCCGCCGCCGCCGUCGUCGCCGCCUGUUGUGCCCGAGCCCGAACCGGAACCUCAGGCUCAGCCUGAUCCCAAGCUCGUGAGUGAAGCCCCGCCGUCGUCGCCGCCUGUUGUGCCCGAGCCCGAACCGGAACCUCAGGCUCAGCCUGAUCCCAAGCCCGUGAGUGAAGCCCCGCCUGAGGCGCCUGCCGUCGAGGUAGUUGCGCCGCCGGCACCAGCGCCCGCACCUGCGCCUGCGCCAACGAAGAAAUCUGCAAAGGACAAAAAGGCUGAUAAGAAGGCGAAGAAGAAGGGCGCAAGCGCAAAGGAACCCGAGCCUGAACCCGAGCCUCAGCUUGAGCCUCAGCUUGAGCCUGAGCCGACAUCAGUGCCUGAGCCGGAAGCAGCGCCAGCGCAUGAGCCAGCGCACGCUUUGGAACCUGAGGCUGAAGCCGAACCGGUGCCGCGAGACGUCGUCGUGCCCGUUCCCGUUGUUGCUGACUUGCAGGACGUUGCCACUCCGAUCCCUGGUGGAUUUCCUGAGGACGACUUUAUCGACUUUGGCGAGCCACUGCCGCCGCCGCCGCCACCACCACCACCUGCGCCUGUCGAGCCUGAGCUCGUUGCUGUUCCUGAAGCUGAGCCUGAACCGGUUGGUGUUGUGCCAGAGUUUGCGCCGGAACCUGCCCUAGAGCCUGUUCCAGAGCCUGCCCCGGAGAAGGCUCCUUCGAAGUCAAGCAAGACAAGCAAAACAAGCAAGACUAGCAAGUCAAGCAAAUCAAGCAAGUCAAGCAAGAAAGAAAAGGAUAUAAAACUGAGGAAGAGCUCUGUGACUAAGAAGGACAUGUCCAGCGUGCCUCCCGAGGCAAACGAUACUGAACCUCCGCCACCCUCUCCGACGCCUGUCGAUCCUCCGGUUAUACUAGAUGACACGCCCGCUGAACCUACGCCUGAAGUUAUGCCUGAUACCGAUCCAGCUGCAGAGCCUGUUAGGCCGCUUACCCCACCACCAGAGCCCGAACAUAGGCGUCGCGUUCCGGAGCCAAGAAAAGAGCGUGCAAAGGUUGUACGUAGCGGAGGUGUUGGCUCAUGGGGAUUUUGGGGUGCCGCUUCUCCUGCCGUCAAGGAGACACGUAGGAGGCCAAGGGAAAGUGGUGGAACACCCAAGGAAAAGCCCGCUGGUAUAACGCGCUCAAGAUCUGAACGGCAUCGCUCGCAUGGAGAAAAGGAGAACAAAUCAUCUUCCAAGUCUUCUGGUUCUGGUGAUCCGGCGGAACAUGGCGACCAUGUCACGAAGACGCCGACACGGCCAAAGGCAACGCGCACAUCGAGUUUCUCGUUCUUUGGAACACCGACGCCGGCGAGGACAAGGUCGACGCGAGAGUCGAAGACUCCUAAAUCGAGCUCGAGACGCCCCAGCGCGGAUGCGGACGCAGGACUUGGUAUCAUGAACCAACCGGUGGAAGACGACACGUUGAAUGUUUCUUCGAAAGCAGCAAAACUGAUGGGAAUGCCUACGAGGCGGGGCUCGGCAAGAGAGAGGAGAUCGAAGAGGGUUGUUCCCGAUCCCUAUGCCAUAGAUGACGAUAUCGUCAUGGUCGAGGGUGCUGAUGCGCAUAUGCAGUCUCGCGACCCCUCGCGCAGGAGAAUGUCCAAGAGCAGAACCCGCGAAGCCGACCCUGCCGUUCUAGACGAUCCAGUCCUCGUGGACCCUCAGCUUAUCCCAGACGAUGGACCGGAAGUCAUCACUGGGCCAGAUGACCUAAAUUUCGUCGAGAAACCUCGCCGUUCGGAAUCCAGGAGGGGCAGAACGCAUUUGCGGUCUUCUUCGAAGAAGCCAGAGGGUGGUGGUAUACUGGGAGGCUUGUUCGGCGGGUUUGGCUCGCGCAAGAAGGAUCCGGUUGUCUCUGACUAUGAGGAUGGGAAACGGCAUCGGCGCGAACGCGAUCGCGAUCCUGAAGACAGGCGCAGGCGCAAGCGUUCUUCUGCGCAGCAUGGCGAUGAUGACGCAAAGCGUCUUCGUCGUGAGCAGCGUAAGGUUGGUCGAUCAAGACCUCCAGAAGAACGUGCCUUCGAGGACGAAGUGCCCGUGAAUGGCGAAAGCGCGACACCUGAGCUUGAUGAUAGGGAAGCUCGUCGGGCAGAAAGGAGGUCCAGACGCGCUGAGCGUGAAUCUUCUGGCCUGCACCACUCCAGACAUGCAGAAGAAGAUGCCAGAGCGGAAAGACGGCGCGAGCGCAAGAGAGAGAAAGAAGAGCGCAAGGCCAGAGAACGCGAGGAGCAGGAACGCAUGCUGCAGGAAGAACAAGAGCGCGAAAUGCGCCACCAAGAAGAGAGACGCCAGCGCCGAGCUGCGCGGGAAGAGCGCAAGGCCGCUGAACGCGCCGCCGCCCAGGAAGAGGAGGCCAGGCGUGAAGCCGACGCCAGAGACAUGGAGCGCCGCCUCCGACGCCGCGAAAGAGAACUGGAGCGCGAGAGACAGGAGCCCAUGCAAGACUCUCCGCGCCAUCACAGCAGCUCGCACCGGCCCAAGACCGACCGCCGCCGCACAUACGAAGACGAGGAAGACCGUCGCCGCCGCCACGAAGAACGCCGUGCUCGCCGCGCUGCGGAGAGCCGGCCUACCCGCGAGAAGCCCUCUCGCCGCCACCAUGAGCACCCGGGGCCCCCGCCCAACGACUACUUCGACGCGCGCCACGCGCAGGCUUAUCCGACACCAGAACCCGAGCCGGAGCCGGAACCGGAACAGGAACUAGAGCCCGAGCUGGAGGCGCAGCCGCAGCCGCCGCCGCCGCACGACCCUGCGGCCAACGUGGUGCUCGAAGGCCAGGCGCCGUACCUCUCAAACGGCAGCAACAAGACGCGCAGCUGGGUGGACCAGGUGGCGGCGGAGCCGCCGCCGCCGCCGCCCGCAGCCUCGACCAUCUUGGACGCGCCGCCGGUGGACUUGGGCGCGGGCCCGGGCUACGAGUGGCUUGAGCAGGAUAGGCGCGAGCGGCAUAGGCGGAAGCGGGACUCGAAGUUUGAGGACAGGCAUGAGGAGGAGCGGAGGCGGCGCAAGCGCGAGGAGAAGGUGCGGAGUAGCGACGGGGGCAGCGGGGAGGGGCGCAGGAAGAGGAAGGAGUCGAUGUUUCCCUUGGAUGAGGGCGUCAGGACGUGGGAUGGGCAGCCGGCGUAUGCGGAGAGGCCGGCGCAGAAGAGGGGCUCGAGCUGGUUGAAGAAGAUUGCGGGCUUCUAG